CAAGAUAUGGAUAAAAGGCUGUCUUCACGACAGCCCACUACACUGGCUGCAGCGGCACAGAGCAGAACUCACACAUCUGGUUUCGAUCCUGUACUCACAGUCUACCACUUUGGAACUGACAAUCAGGAAUCGCCCACAGCAGGACAGGUCCAGGAGGUGAAAGAGGCUGCAGCUGUGGACCUGGGCACCCUGCUGGACGCUGGAGACAGCGCCGUGGUGACUCUGGUGGCGGGCGACACCCGUCUGGCAGCGCACAGGGCCGUCCUGGCCGCCAGGAGUCCCGUGUUCGCCGCUGUUUUCAGCCACGGCACGCUGGAGGCCACAGUUCCAGACGUGGGGGGCCCGCUGCUGCGCCACCUCGUGGCCUACAUGUAUACCCUGCAGGCCCCGCAGCUGGCCAGAAUGGACCCCCAGCUGCUGGUCGCGGCUGAUAUGUACGGCUUGUCAGGCCUGAAGGCACAGUGCGAGCAGCAGUUGGCUGCACAGCUGUCUGUUGAGACUGCGGUGGCCACAGCUGUUCUCGCUAUUCGGAACUCCUGUAGCAGCGUUAAGAAGGCCGCCGCCGCCUUCAUAAAGACUCAUAUUUUACACGUGAUGGCCACGAAGGGCUGGGCAGAUGCGCUACAUUGUCAGCCUGAAGAUCUGAUUGAAGUGCUCAAGCUGCUGUCUGAGCCACCAGCGGAAACCAGCACUCCAGCCACUGGAGACAGCGAGGUCACCCCCACCGGUCAGCUGCACACUGGCCACAAAAACUGCAGCAGGGCCCCUAUUCCAGUUGCAAAGCACACAGCUACCUGCCCCACACCCACGUUUGACGAUGCUUCCGUCUCUUUCCUGAGGUGA